AUGGCUGAAUCAAUUCCAUUCGCUGUUACUUCAAAUCUCAUUCACAGGUUGGCCUCCGCGGAUUUAAUUGAAUUUGGAGGAGCGUAUGAUGUGAAGGAAGAGUUGGAAGAGCUUAAGAAGACAAUUGAAUCUAUCAAUGAUGUGCUCCUUGAUGCUGACCACAAACAGGAUCAAGUUCGUCAAACUGACAGUGGAUGGAGGGAAACGUGUUCUUUUGUGUUAGAGACAGAUAUCAUUGGAAGAGAUGAUAGUAAAAAGGAGAUUAUUAGUCUGUUGAGACAACCUCAUGAAAACCAACAAGCUUCUGUGAUUGCCAUUGUUGGCCUUGGUGGUUUGGGGAAGACAGCUCUUGCACAAUUGGUGUAUAAUGACUUGGAAGUGCAGAAUUUUUUUGAAAUGCAAAUGUGGGUGUGUGUCUCUGAUAACUUUGAAGUGAAAACUAUUCUGAAGAAAAUAUUAGAAUCAAUUACCGGCGACCAAGUUGAAUUAUCAUUGGGCAACUUGCAAAGAAAACUUAAUGAAAAGAUGAGUGGCAAGAAAUAUUUGUUGGUCCUGGAUGACAUUUGGAAUGAGAGACGUGACAAAUGGAUUGAAUUGAGAAAGUACUUGAUGUGUGGCGCUGAAGAUAGUAAGAUUUUAGUGACAACUCGAAGUGAAAAUGUAGCUAAGGCAAUGACAGCUAGCACUUCCUAUCCUUUGAAAGGUUUGAGUGAUGAAGCAUCUUGGACUUUGUUGAAGAGCAUUGCAUUUGAGGAUGAUUUCAAAGGAGUGAAUCAAAAUCUAGAAUCAAUGGGGAAAGAAAUAGCCAAAAAAUGUAAAGGGGUUCCACUGGCAGUUAAAACCGUGGGAGGCCUUUUACGAGGACAAAACGAAGAAAGUGUAUGGGAGAAUGUUUCACGCGGUGACUUCUGGAAAUUAUGUGAAGAGCAAGAUAGUAUUAUGCCAAUUCUAAAACUCAGUUACAGCAACUUGUCACCAGAAAUGAGACAAUGUUUUGCUUAUUGCUCCUUGUACCCCAAGGAUUGGAUUAUUCGAAAGGAUGAGUUGAUUCAGUUAUGGAUGGCACAGGGUUACCUUAAAUGUUCAACUGAAAAACAGCAGAUGGAGGAUGUCGGUAAUCAAUUUGUAAAGAUGUUUUUUAUGAACUCAUUUUUUCAAGAUGCAGAAAGUAAUGACCAUGGUGAGAUCAUUUGUUUCAAAAUGCAUGAUUUAAUUCAUGAUCUUGCAAUGCUUGUUUCUGGCAAUGAUUGCUGUUACUUGGAUAGUAAGGCAGAAAAAGUUGAAGGUAGACCCAUGCACGUAUCAUUGGAAUCUUAUGAGACCAUUCAUUUGUUGAAAUCAUUAGAUCCGAGCAGGCUGCGAACUUUGAUUUUGCCUUUGGUUUUGCCGUAUUACUGGGAAGAAGAGGAAUAUUUGUCUGUUAUUGCAAAGUUCAAAUACUUACUUGUCUUGAGGACGCCUCAUCUCUCUGAUUCCACCGAACAUUUGAAGCAUUUAAGAUACCUUGAUUUAACGCAGCAAACAAGUCUUCCCAAAUCCAUGAGCAAUCUUGUUUUCCUACAAACAUUAAAAUUGUGCGAUUGUGAUGAAGAAUCAUUUUCAGAAGUAGUCACAAAAUUAGUCAACUUGAGGUGCCUUGAUAUUGCUGGUUAUCGCUCCAUGAUGAGUGGGAUGGCAGUUGGGUUGGGAAAAUUAUGCUCUUUGCAAUUCUUAUCGACGUUUCUUGUGGGAGACAGCCAAGAAAUAAAAUAUGGCACACUAAAUGAACUGAAGAACUUAAACCUAAGAGGAGAAUUAAAGAUUAAGCAUCUCGAUCGGGUCAGAGACGUGGCUCUGGAAUCACAGCACGUAAAUUUAAAAGAAAAAAAAUUCCUUCAAUCCCUGACUCUGAGAUGGUCCAUUGAAGAGCACAGAGACAUCCGUAACAGUGACAGUGACAGCUUACAAUUGUUGGAAAACCUUCAACCCCACCGUAAUCUUAAGCAUUUGGAGGUGUUUUAUUAUCCAGGGGUGCUUUUCCCAAAUUGGCUUUCUCUCCUCACAAAUGUUGUUAACAUCACUCUCUUUGGGUUUGUUAGUUGUCGGUGUCUCCCACCGUUGGAACUUCUCCCAUCCCUGAAGUCACUUGUUCUGCGGUAUCUUUAUGAAUUGGAAUACAUAUAUCUCUACAAAGAUGGUUUUGCAGUAACCUUCUUCCCCUCUUUGGAGAGCCUCACAUUAUUUCAUUGUCCCAAGCUCAGGGGAUGGCGGAGGCGGGGAGAUGAUAUAAAUGAUUCACAUAAUCUCUCUUUACCUCUUUCAUUUCCUCCUCUUUCUCUACUAAUUGUCUCUGAAUGUCCACAGUUGACUUGCAUGCCUACUUUUCCAAACGUUAAGGAUUUAAAAUGGCUUCAUAGCAGUGCGGAGCCAUUAACAGGAACACUAAAUUCAACAUGUUCAGUUGACUCAUCUUCCUCCGCUGCUCCUCUUUCCAUGCUCAAAAAAUUGACGAUUUCUGAUCCUAUGAAUUUACCAAAGGGUUGGAUGCAAAAUCUGACUUCUCUCAAGUCUCUUCGAGUUGGAUGGUAUAAAACUGAAACACUCGAGGAAUUUGGAACUGGGUUUAAGGACGACACCGACUGCCUUAUUUCUCUGCGGAAAAUUUCAUUAUAUGAUUGUGAAAACCUAAAGGCUUUGCCAGAUUGGAUUUGCAACCUCUCAUCGCUUCAGCAUAUCAAAAUCUCAUACUGCCCAAAAUUGGCAUCGCUGCCCGAAGGAAUGAGUGGUCUUCCUAACUUAAAGAUCUUUGAGGUCAGAGAGUGUUCCCUCUUAGUUAAAGAAUGCCAAACAGAGACAAGUGCUGUCAGGCGUCAAAUCGCACACAUCCCACAAAUAUAUUUGCUAAAAUAAUGCCCAAUAAUAAUUUUUUUUCAUUUGUAUUGCUCUUGUUGAAGUUGUCAGAAAUGGUGUAAAGAUACUUAAGGUGACGAAGCAGCUUGGUUAAAUCCUAUUGUGUGACUGCAUCUAUUUAGGUUUGUUUUGAUUGGUCAUAAUAAGCAGACAUCUUCCCAAAGAAAGUUUAUAAGAAUUCAAUUUCUUCUAUAAAAUUGACUUGGUACUUGUUGAAUGCAAGUUAGAUUAUAUUUGUCUUAGGCUCAUAUUUUUAAAAUACUAUGAUUUCAUAAUUUUCUUAAAUAAUAGGUAAAAAAAAUAUUUAUAAUGGUAGUAUUUAAUUUUUUCUGCAUAGUAGUAACAUAUUUGUUUAAUCAGUAAUUAUUUUAAUUCAUAUAUUUAGUAUGUAUGUGCAAUGUUGUUGACAUUUGUCUCUAUGAACUUGAUAAUUGUCGCUGUCUCCCACCGCUUGAACGUCUCCCGUCCCUGAAUUUACCAAAAGGUUGGAUGCAAAAUCUGACUUCUCUCGAGUGUCUUCAAAUUCAAUGGUGUGACAGUGAAACACUUGAGGAAUUUGAAAUUGGGUUUAGGGACGACCCCAACUGCCUUCCUUCUCUGCGAAAAAUCAGCAUACAUAAGUGUCAAAGGCUAGAUGCUUUGCCAGACUGGAUUUGCAACCUCUCAUCGCUUCAGCACAUCGACAUCUACCGUUGCCCAAAUUUGGCAUCGCUCCCCAAAGGAAUGAAUGGUCUUACCAACUUGAAGAUCUUUGAGGUCAGGUGGUGUUCCCUCUUACUUAAAGAAUGCCGAACAGAGACAAGUGUUGUUAGUCGCCAAAUCGCACACUUCCCCCAUUAGUGAUUACUUAUAACAAAGGUACUGAUCUGCGUAUUUAUUUAGGACCAAAUUAUAAAGGUAUUUAUGUAACCAUUGAUAUAAAACAAAUAUACACUAAUUUGACUUCUUGUAGUUUAUAAAUGUAAAAUAUAAAUUAAUGUUUUGUA